UUUGUGGCGCAGCCGAACUGCCAGCAGCUCCUGGCGACGCUCUGGUACGACGGGUUCCCCGGCUGGAGGAGGAGACACUGGGCCGUCAAGCUGGUCACCUGCUUCAUCAUCGGACUGCUGUUCCCUUUCUUCUCUCUGAUCUACCUGUUGGCUCCUAAAAGUGCUCUAGGUCGCUUCAUAAAGAAACCCUUCAUUAAGUUCAUCUGCCACACAGCGUCGUACCUGACGUUCCUCUUCCUGUUGCUGCUCGCCUCGCAGCACAUCGCCCGGACAAACCUCCACAUGCAGGGACCCCCCCCCACCCUCGUGGAGUGGAUGAUCCUCCCCUGGGUGGUUGGGUUCAUCUGGGCGGAGAUUAAGGAGAUGUGGGACGGAGGCUUCACAGAAUAUAUCCACGACUGGUGGAACCUGAUGGACUUCGCCAUGAACUCUCUGUACCUCGCCACCAUCUCGCUGAAGAUAGUGGCCUACUUCAAAUAUAACUCCUCUCGGCCCAGGGAGGAGUGGGAGAUGUGGCACCCGACCCUCAUCGCCGAGGCUCUGUUUGCCAUCGCUAACAUCUUCAGCUCUCUGAGGCUCAUCUCUCUCUUCACCGCUAACUCCCACCUGGGCCCGCUGCAGAUCUCCCUGGGGAGGAUGCUGCUGGACAUCCUCAAGUUCCUCUUCAUCUACUGCCUGGUGCUGCUGGCGUUUGCCAACGGUCUGAACCAGCUGUACUUCUACUACGAGACGAAGGCCUCCGAGGAGCCGAACAACUGCAAAGGCAUCCGCUGUGAGAGGCAGAACAACGCCUUCUCCAC